AACAAUUCGAUCACAAAUUGACUACAUCAAUAGAAAGGAUUCCAACACCAAUCAUCAGCCAAGAAACAUCUGAUCAACCUAACGAUUCACUUGAAAGUCUGUCUAAAUUUGACGAAUUCACAAAGAAAAAUGCAGAAUUAACAGUAAGAAUACAAAACGAAAUAAACAAAUUAAAAGCAAUGACUACCUUUAACCAAACCGAUGAAUGGGGAAAUCCUUUUCAAUCAAGCUUCGCUAAGGAAGCAAAUCGAGGAAGCCGACUACCAGAUCCAGAAUCGAUAGAUAAACCUUUCAAACAGGCAUCGAAUAAAGGAAAACAAAAAUACCAAGAGGAAA